AUGGUUCGCACCCGACAGACCAAGCCCGAGCGCAAGCAGCGAUCCGCCCUGACCGACGUCGUCGCCCGCGAGUACACCAUCCACCUCCAUACCAAGGUUCACGGCCAAGGCUUCAAGCACGUGCGUACAGCGUUCCAUCGACUCGACUACGGCAUCGCUUACCUGGGGGAUACUAAUGCGCGCUCUCGUGUCUCUGCUUCACAGCGUGCCCCUACGGCCGUCAAGGCCGUCAAGGAGUUUGCGCGCAAGGCGAUGGGCACCAAGAAGGUCUUGCUCGACGUCAACCUCAACGCCGCCAUCUGGGGCAAGGGGAUUAAGAACGUGCCGCACCGCAUUCGAGUGCGAUGCCACCGCCGCCGAAAUGACGACGAGGACGCCCCCAAGGACGAGAAGCUCUACACCAUGGUCUCGUUCGUCCCGACCAAGGAUUUCAAGGUGCGUCUCGCAAGGCUCUAGCUGGGGAAUAUAACGCUUUUCUUUGCAGGAACUGACCCCUCCCUCGUGUGCCUCCAAAACUUAGGGUCUGCAAACCUCCGCCGUUGACGCCGACGAGUAA